AUGGUGGUUCCGGAGCCGGAAAUCGACCAACAACAGAAGAACAACCACCCGUUCUCGUCCCUCGGACGGCAGUCGUCGAUAUACUCUCUCACUCUCGAUGAGUUCCAGCACGCUCUCUGCGAGAGCGGCAAGAACUUCGGUUCAAUGAACAUGGACGAGUUCCUCACCAGCAUUUGGACCGCCGAGGAAAACCAAGCCAUCAAUUCCAAUUCACAGAAUAACAACAACAACAACAACAACAACCAACACAACAGCAAUAACGGUAAUAACUACCUCGACGGCAACACGGGCGAUCAUAAUAACUUGUCCUUGAGAGAAGUUACUGCCGCAGCCGAAAAAGGCGGCGUCAUAGCCCGGCAGGCGAGCCUCACGCGCCAGGGCUCGCUCACGCUCCCCGCGCCGCUGUGUCGGAAAACGGUCGACGAGGUUUGGUCGGAGAUACACCGCAAAGGGAAACAAGAGCAAAAUCAGCGUAGCGGAAAUGAUAGUAAUGCCCGGAAUUCCGAUUCUACCCCUCGCCAGCCCACUUUUGGAGAGAUGACCCUGGAGGAUUUCCUUAUCAAGGCGGGGGUAGUUCAGGAACAGGCUCCGGUGGCGGCGCCUCCGCAUCCGUCCCAGCCGCAGCAGUUCGGAAUGUACCCGAGCAAUGCGGCUGGCUUGGUCCCGGGUUUUGUUGGCAGGCCCGCGGCAAUGGCUCCCGGAGCUGCGGCUGGCGGCGGCGGUGCUGCAUCCGCUUAUCAAGCAAUGCCGCAAGCCAGCGCGGCAUUCGGAGGAGAUUAUGCGGGGAACGGGGCGAGGAAGGGGGCGUACCCGCCGCCGCCUCCUACCACGGCUGCUGCGGCGGUGUGUUACAGCGGGAGGGCGGUGAAUGGUGGCGGCGGGUACGGCGGGGUGCAGUCGUUGGGGCUGGCUGCGCCGGUUAGUCCGGUGUCGUCGGACGGGAUAUGUGCGAGUCAGGUGGACGACGCCGGGAGUCAGUUUGGGUUGGAUAUCAGGGCGCUGAGGGGUCGGAAGCGGAUAAUCGAUGGGCCGGUGGAGAAGGUGGUGGAGAGGCGGCAGAGGAGGAUGAUCAAGAACAGAGAGUCCGCAGCCAGGUCUAGAGCCAGAAAACAGGCAUAUACAGUUGAACUAGAAGCAGAGCUUAACCAACUGAGAGAGGAGAAUACACAUCUUAAACAGGCUCUGGCAGAGCUUGAAAGGAAGCAAAAGCAACAGUAUUUUGAGGAAAUGAAGAUGAAAGUUCAAACAAAGUCAUAUAAAGGUAAAGAGAAGUUGAGAGUGUUCAGAAGGAAUUUGAGCUGCCCUUUGUGAUACCAAAAAAGCAUUUUGAGAAAUAGAGGAGAAAACUGACGAGAGAGAGGAAACUAUAGAAGGACAGAGUACAAACAAGG